AUGAAAGAUCACGCCGCUGCCGCCAUCGUCAAGUCUGGCGUUCCAGAUUUAUUGUUCACGUCUCAUUAUCUGUAUGUUUUCCGUAAUUACCCGACCUUGUGUGUUUUAGGUAUCCGUGGCGUGUCAGAGGAGACGACUACAGGCGUCCACAACUUGUACAAGAUGAUGAAAAAGGGCGAGCUGAAGAUGCCCGCCAUCAACGUCAGCGACUCUGUCACAAAAAGUAAGUUUGACAACCUGUACGGCUGCAGGGAGAGUCUGAUCGACGGCAUCAAGAGAGCCACUGAUGUGAUGAUUGUCGGUAAAGUUGCCGUGGUGACGGGCUACGGCGACGUGGGGAAAGGCGGCGUCCAGGCUCUGCGUGGGUUCGGAGCUCGCGUCAUCGUCACCGAGAUCGACCCCAUCAACGCGCUGCAGGCCGCCAUGGAAGGGUACGAGGUCACUACCAUGGAAGAGGCGUCUAAGGAAGGAAACAUCUUCGUCACCACCACCGGCUGUGAGGACAUCAUCGUGGGACAUCACUUUGAGAACAUGAAGGACGACGCCAUCGUGUGUAACAUCGGACACUUUGACUGUGAGAUCGACAUGAGCUGGCUCAUCAAACACGCUGCGGAGAAGAUCAACAUCAAGCCGCAGGUCGAUCGCUAUCGUAUGAAGAGCGGCCGUCACAUCAUCAUCCUGGCCGAGGGCAGACUGGUCAACCUGGGCUGUGCCAUGGGACACCCCUCCUUCGUCAUGAGCAACUCCUUCACCAAUCAGGUUCUGGCUCAGAUCGAGUUGUGGAAGAACACGGACAAAUAUCCCCUCGGAGUCCACUUCCUGCCCAAGAAGGUGAGUCUCCACACGAUGGUCAGGGCUUCUAAUGCAGCGAUCACCUGGACCAAUGGGGCCAUUUAUAUAUGUAUACUUCAGUGUUGUGGUUUGUUUCAUGUGUAG